AUCUGCAUUUCACUUUCACUUUCACUUUCCCCAUUGUUUUCUUCUCUUCACAUUUCAUUUCUCUGUUGCAAACCAAGAACUCUCAUUCACAGAAAGAAGAGAGAAACUCUCAUUCACAAAAAGAAGAGAGAAUCUUUGUAAACCAUGGCAAAAUUAGUAGCAUUUUUCGCAAUUUGCUUGCUCUCUGCAUCAAUUGUUUCAGCCACUUUUGUGGGCAACCCUUUCCUUGUGAAGGGAAAAGCUUACUGUGACACUUGCCGUUGCGGUUUUGAGACCCCUGCCACUAAGUACCUAGCCGGCGCAAAGGUUAGAAUUGAGUGCAGGCACAGGGUGACUGAGGCACCCACUUACACAGUUGAAGGUGUGACCAACUCUAAAGGAGAAUACAAUAUCUUGGUUAACAGUGACCGUGGUGACGAUGUCUGCGAUGUCGUCCUUGUUAAGAGCUCCGAUCCCAUGUGUGCCAAGCCCAAUGCCGGCCGUGAUCGUUCUCGUCUCAUCCUCACCCGCAACAAUGGUAUGAUUUCCAACACCCGUUUUGCCAACGCUAUGGGUUUCCUCCGCGAUGAGCCUCUUUCUAGCUGCACUAAGAUCCUCCAGCAAUAUCAAUUGACGGAGGACCAAUUUUAAAGAUAUACAAGUCGUUCUUAGUUGUGAUGAUGCUACCUUUACUUUUACCUUAUAUCAAAAAAAAUAAAAAUUGUGAUGAUGGUACCCUUAUGUUCGUCAUCGUUUCUGGAUGUUUUGCAUGUGUCCAUUUUGCUUAACAAUAUAUUUUAAUGGCUCGUUAAAUUUGUUACUACUACUUGAUCAUGUCAGGAAUCUCUUUCAUUUUGUGAGACCUACUUAACCUUAUAAUUUAAUCUAUUUGGUUCUAUGCUUUCUGAUAA